AAAAUGUAACAAAGUUGGUAGAAAACAGAUGGGAACUCAGAUGUUUGCUAUUGUUCUGUCACAGACUGUAAAUUAGCUAAGAUUAUCUUAAAGCUAAUAACUCUAUCAAUCACACAAAGAAACUUACAGUAUCAGGUAACAGAGUUACGUGUUAAUACGGAUAGACUAUGAAAUAUAAUUAUGCAGGUCAUGAUGCAAUUCAGUACUUUCCCUCUUAAAUGAAUCUGAAGUUAUGCUGGUACCUCAUCACUUGAAUACGCCAGUCAAUACAUAACACCAUCACAAUACCAUACAGUGAGAGGCUCAACAAAGCAUAACAACUGAUUGAAGAAGUAACAGCAACUUCAACAUGAAACUGUUUACUCUAACAUCAUACAUACUAACAUUACAAGUUUUUGGAAUAAUUGCAGAUACUGACAUACAUCGUAACGUACAUCCAAAUGUUAUUAGAGUUUCACUCGGUGGCAAUACUCAACAGCGUUCCAAUCAUCGUUCGCAACUUCUGCGUCAGUCUGUACCAAUAUCACCAACAAAUAUAACUACAACACUCGCACAAACAUUAGCAACAACCACAACUGAAGCAACAACAACAACAAAUACAAUGGAAGGCGAUAACUUAAGUUGUUCUCAGACAGUUCACGUAACAUCAGAAAGCACAUCACAGUACCAUUUUGUGGUGAGUAACCACAAUGCUGCCAGUUUACACUGUGUGAUAACAAUCUUUGGACAACGAGGAAAACAACUUUUAUUGCAAGUGACUGAGGCGGACCUUCAGCCUGGACUGUUUGACUGUGAAAUAGAUUCUGUUCAAGUGUACACGCUAUCUGCUGGAAAACUAUCAUUUAAGGAUAAAUUCUGCAAUCUUUCUCAACCUGGUCCUGAAAUCCUGACCAAAAACAACGUAGCUGUUCUAACGUUCAACUCGGACAGCCAACUAAAUGAACCAGGAUUUGUAAUAGAAGUACGAUCUUUGCUGCUUCCUGAAGAAAACAUCAACAAUGGUUACAUUGACACUGGUUACAGCUAUGGCACAGGUUCUUAUACAGGUUAUCCCAUAGACUACAACAGUUAUGGGCCUCCCACAUACAAUGACUAUGCCAACAGGUACACCAACAUUUCCUACACCAAUUAUAGCCCUCCUAACAAGGGUUAUGCAAAUGGAUAUUUUAAUGUAACACAUAAUAGUAAUGACAUGCCCCAGUAUGCUCAUUAUGGCCCCCCUGUCAAGACCAAUUACCAAAAUGCAGAUGACUGUAAUAAAGCAGCAUGGAAAAUCACAGACAAGCCAGAAAUUGACUAUGGAGCCUACUUACCUCCAAAGGCACAUAUAAACAAGGACUUCUACGUCUGGCUAACCAGUGCAACCAAGGGAAACAGCUGGUCAAAAGAACUAAAUUAACACUUGAUGUUUCUUAUUUGAAGUAACCUUUAUGCCUAUACCGAGUUUGAAAGUGUAACUACGAUUCAAAACUUACUAAACUGAAUUUCAAUUAACAACGCAUCAAACCCUGCCUGCUAACGACCAAUUUCACCUCGCACUUUUCAAGUGACAAAUCUCGUGAAAUAAAAUAUUUCCUACAAAAAAAAGCACCUCCUUUUACAAUUACAAUGCCCACAUACCUUGCAAACCUUCUUCAGAAUGUUCUGUUUGAUCCUCCUGACAAGUAGUUAGACAACUUUCAACUACUUUUUUUAGUAAGGGGCACUAUAUGUACAUUACACUAAUCUUAACGGGGAGCUUAACUUACUAGCAUCCAACCGCCAUGACACUGGUAACACCCACGAACACAGAUGAUCUAGAACGACCACGCCACCAUCCAACACCAACGAUAUUUUUCGGAACUACGAAACGUAGUUACGACGACUUGAAUUUAAUCGAAAUUUGAGUCCGUAGAUGUUGGUUUAAUCAUAUCGAAAUCUUUAUAUAAAUUUGUUUGUGCUAGGCUUGGUGUAACGGGAUGCUUAAUAUGACAAAGAAGUUAUCAGCCGCAAAGAAGACACGACUCGUCUCUAUUAUAAAUAAACACAAUAUUCACUGUAAAUUCAGGAAUUGCCACAUCGGACACGUUUCGAUAACUGGAUCUGUUCCCAUCAUCAAGUGUAGAGAACGGGACACUUACUCUGUUCUGUCCCUUAGAAUGAGCUGCUCCCAAUCACUAAACAACCCAGGUCAGAACGACAGGUGAGUGGGAAGUAAGUGGGAGAUAUUGGUUGUCCAGUUAUUGGGACUGACCCCAAAUACUAGGGGGCCCUCUUCACUACACCUGAAGGACGAUCCAGUUCUCGAAACGUUGUUUUAUAGCAUCACGAUGGAUGAGGUCCAAAAACCCAACAAUCCUGAUCGUGUUACACCAUAAUCAGAACCCUUCAUAAGCAAAAAAGAUGCUCCUUAGCACAGCAAAAGUUCAACCAAUAUUUAUCCCAUUUUCAAAUUGACAUACUAAGGCCAAUUCUAAUAAAGGAAUUCCUGCAAUGCUUGACACAUGAUAGAACAAAAUCUCUGGUACAAUGCACAGUGAGAUUUAAUACAUGUAGUUUCAAUACUAACAAGGCUAUACUUUGUUGGUACCAAUUGAAUCAUUUACUGAUCAAAUCAAUGCAAACGUCUUUCCAGUAUAACCAGAAACACAAAGAUAUCAAUAUUAUGAAAACCAAGAAUGUAUUAUUUUGAGAUUUAUGAAAAUCAUCAACCUGAAAUAUUAAUUAGUAAAAAUCUAAAUUUUAAUAUUAAUCUUUAUACUCUGUUCCUAUUAAAUUCUGUAUAUAAUAAUAAAUAAGAAUUACACACAA